AUGGCGUCAGCGCUCUUUUUCCUCGACCUUAAGGGCAAGACCCUUCUAGCCCGCAAUUAUCGCGGGGACAUUCCUAUGUCCGCGGUCGAGAAAUUCCCUAUCCUUCUCAGUGAUGCCGAAGAAGAGAGCUCUGCAGUGCCCCCCUGCUUCUCCCACGAGGGAAUCAACGUGCGUCCCACCAGUCCUGGGCAUUCGGCCCUGGCCACAUUGACUCCUGAGUGCCUCCUUUUCAACCUCUAUAUCCUUGCAUUGACUAAACGAAACACAAAUGCCACCGAAAUUCUACUCUUCCUCCACAAGCUUGUGGAGGUCUUCACCGAAUAUUUCAAGGUGCUGGAGGAGGAGAGUAUCCGGGACAACUUCGUUGUCAUUUACGAAUUGCUUGAUGAGAUGAUGGAUUUUGGAUACCCGCAGACAACAGAGAGCAAGAUUCUACAAGAAUACAUCACCCAAGAGUCACACAAGCUGGAUGUCCAAGCACGACCACCCAUUGCUGUCACAAACGCUGUCUCCUGGCGUAGCGAGGGGAUACGCUACCGCAAGAACGAAGUCUUCCUGGAUGUGGUCGAGUCUCUCAAUCUUCUCGUCUCGGCAAAUGGAAAUGUGCUGCGGUCUGAGAUUUUGGGCGCUGUCAAGAUGAAGUGCUACCUGAGUGGUAUGCCAGAAUUGCGAUUGGGGUUGAACGACAAAGCUAUGUUUGAAACCACGGGUCGUGCUACACGAGGCAAGUCGGUUGAGAUGGAAGAUGUGAAGUUCCACCAGUGUGUCCGACUUUCGCGCUUCGAAAACGACCGUACAAUCAGUUUCAUUCCCCCCGAUGGUGAAUUCGAGCUCAUGAGCUACCGGUUGAACACACAAGUGAAGCCGUUGAUUUGGGUAGAGUGCGUGGUUGAAUCGCAUUCGGGAUCCCGGAUCGAAUAUAUGCUCAAGGCCAAAGCCCAAUUUAAACGGCGCAGCACUGCCAACAAUGUCGAGAUUCUCGUCCCCGUCCCCGAAGAUGCAGACUCACCGCGCUUCCGCACCAAUAUCGGUACCGUACACUACGCCCCCGAGAAAUCAGCGAUCAUCUGGAAGAUCAAGCAAUUCGGUGGCGGCAAGGAGUUCCUUAUGCGCGCAGAGCUGGGUCUACCCUCCGUCAAGGGCGACGAUGAGCGCGGCGGUGGUAUGACUGGUGGAUUCGGAGGCAGCAUGGGUGGUGCUGGAGGCGUGGGCAAAGCGAAGCGACCCAUCAACGUCAAGUUCGAGAUCCCUUAUUUCACGACCAGUGGCAUCCAGGUGCGGUACUUGAAAAUCACCGAACCAAAGCUGCAAUACCCCUCUCUUCCCUGGGUGCGAUACAUCACACAAUCGGGCGACAUUGCCAUGCGCAUGCCGGACGUUCAAUGA